GCACUGUCUGUAUAAAUAUAUAUAUAUUUAUAUUGGUUACAAGCUCUCUUCUCACUUAAUAACUUGAGUAAAAAUAUUUGGUUGCACUUCUUAAUUUAAAUAACUUUAAACUGAAAAAAAAAAGGAAACAGCGUAACUGUUUUUAUCUUUCUCGCUCCAAUUCACUGUUAUAUCUUCAUUGUUAUUACUUUUUUCUAUUAUUUAUUAUCCAUUCUCCUCCCUUUUCUUUAUCACAUCUGGAAAGUUCCUUGUUAAAGAUUCUUUUUCAUUCCCUUAAACAAACAAACAAAAAAACUGCCUCAAGGUAAAUUAUUCCUUGCCUGCGGAAACUUCUAAAUAAAGCGAAAGUUUUGUUUUCCAACCGAAAGCAGCAUUCAUCCCACCUUUUUAUUUUAUAUUUAUAUUUGUAGGCGCAUGGAAGCGUUUGUCAUGUAAUUUUUUUUUUAAUCUGCUUUCAAUCAUUGAAUUUGUUCGUGUUGUUAUUGUUUUCUUGAAGAAAACAAACAAGGGAUAAGAAAAUCAGUGUAUACCUGAUAAUAACCAAAAGGGGGAAAAUACAAAAUUAUCAAAAUUAAAUCAACAAGCAGUUUGUUGUUAAUACUGCAAGUGAUAAACAAUUGAAGUCAGUAUUUCACUGAUAAAAACGAUCAAACAUGGAUCAAGUAAAUGAACUCUCAACCCAACCUGACGAUAGAGAUGAGGGAGGACUCGGUCAGGGAGACGUGUCUCCUCUGGACAGAGAAGCUCACUGUGGGGGCGACGACGACGAAGAAGAGAGUGAACUUGGAACCACACACUGUGGCUUGUCACAGGACUAUGGAGAAGACCGCGGAGACGAAGAACACGACAAUUAUGAAGAGGAUUAUCGUCGUUGCAAUGAAGAUGGUUUAGACGAAUUCGAGUACGAUCAGAAAAUGGCCUCGAUGCGUCGAGAAUUCGAAGAAGCUGACCAAGAGUCCAGCUACUAUCAGCCUGGUCACUUGGACUUCAUUAACGACGAUGAACCGCUGUCAUCAGCACUCAUCUUCCGACGUGUUGAUUCCGACCAAAUUGUGUACCGUCGCCGUCGGGCGAAGCACGUCGGCAAGUAUUUGAUGGGUGAUGUUCUGGGAGAGGGCUCUUAUGGUAAGGUGAAAGAGGUGUUGGACACUGAAAACCUUUGUCGGAGGGCUGUUAAAAUCCUCAAGAAGAAAAAACUUCGGAAGAUACCCAGUGGAAUUAAGAAUGUUAAAAGGGAGAUCAGUCUACUUAAACAGCUCCACCAUAAGAACAUCAUUAAAUUGAUUGAUGUUCUUUACAAUGAAGAGAAACAGAAAAUGUAUAUGGUGAUGGAGUUCUGUGUCGGCGAAUUGCAAGAGAUGCUUGAAAAUACUCCAGAGAAAAAGUUUCCAGUUUGGCAGGCCCAUGGAUACUUUGAUCAGUUAAUUGAUGGUCUUGAAUACCUCCACAGCCAACGCAUUGCUCAUAAAGAUAUCAAACCAGGCAACUUGUUGCUGACUACUGAUGAAACCUUGAAAAUAUCAGAUCUAGGAGUUGCUGAGGCUGUUGGAUGGUUUGCCGAAGAUGAUACUUGUCAUGCCAGUCAAGGAUCUCCUGCCUUUCAACCACCAGAGAUUGCCAAUGGACUUGAAAGUUAUGCUGGUUUUAAAGUGGAUGUCUGGUCAGCAGGAGUGACAUUAUAUAACAUAACGACUGGAUUAUAUCCAUUUGAAGGGGACAAUAUUUACAAGUUGUUUGAAAACAUAGGCAAAGGAAAAUAUGUGAUACCUGAUGUUCUUUGCCCGAGUUUAACUGACUUAAUACAGGGUAUGUUAGAAUAUGAUCCAGAAAAAAGGUUAUCUAUUCAAAAGAUUAGAAAACAUGGCUGGGUACAGAAAAAUCAUCCACAGACCUGUGAACGGGUGUCACUACCUCCAGCCCCAAAUGGUGAUACUUUACGCAACAUGACUGUUUUAUUAUAUCUUGAUGUCUUACACAAUGAAAAGGCAAACAGUGAAGAGGAGUUUGAAGAGGAAGAGGACGGUGAUGUCUUGGAUCCCGAAGUUGAGAAAGAAGUUGUCAAAGAAGUACCCGAAGAGAAAGUCUCGAAAAAGAAACGGAAGGGAAAAGUACGGCGCUUUACAUUUAAUUCUUGCAAGCAAUCAUGACAUUUUGCUCUAGAAUCUUUACGGCUACUGUCGUGGAAAACAAUUUUAUCUCUGUGACUGUCUUGAGCUUUAAUCAGCACCUUCAGCUCUUACAUUCAAGAAGUAUGACUGCAACCCCAGUCACCCCCUUCUUUUAUAAGCACGGGGAUUCGCACUUCAAAGGCCAGAAUACAACCAGUGUAGCUAUUCUGCCUGUAGACAGCUUUACUUACUGUAUGCCACACUGAGCUCCAAUAGUCUUCUAAUAAUUUAUCAGAAUCAUCUCUAAUGUUCUGUUGGUAUUUCCUCAGCCAUACGACAUGCAGGCCAGUGUUAAUAUAUAUAUAUACAAAUGAUGACUACAAUGCAUUUUGUAUUAUAUGCUUUACUGGCGGAUUGGCAGAUUUCUUAGCAUUAUUUAGUAUUGCUAUGAAAGAAAGAAAGCGAAAAGCAGAUGCACUAAACAGGUAAAAACAAAACAAAAAAAUUGUUCAGUAAAAUUUGUGUUUUGUCCUUUGUAGCGACAUGACUAAUGAAGAUUCAGUUUGUUUUUUUUUCUUUGGAUUUUUUUUUGCUACUUGUGUCAGGAGAGAGGGUGGGUCCCCAUGUCUCUUUCUCUCUCUCAGCUUUUAAACGUUUGACCACAAUAUUUACCUCCCUUGGCUUGAAUUUUGGAUUUGUAUACGAGAUAUAUGACAAACUGUUAGGAAGAAGAUCAAAUUUAAAGCAAAAAAAAAACAACACAAAAAGGUGAUGAAAAUAUUUAAAAAAAAAAA